UACAAAUUAAAAAAAAAAAAUUAUCAAGAUAUAGCUGUAUAAAAAAUGGAGAAGGCAACACACAUUUUGUUCUCUCUUAUAUUCUUGUUCAUUUUGUUAGGUUCACCAUCAUAUAUGGUGUUGGGACAAGUUCAAAAGUGUACAAGAGCACAAGAUUGUGAUCCUGCAUCUUGCAAACGUGGAAUUCUAUCAUGUAUGGGAGGAAAAUGUAUAUGUGACGAGCCACCAAUUUACCUGACAAGUGAUGGUUCUUCAAGAACGGAUGUCAAAUGCAAGAAAGAUAGUGAUUGUCCCGCAAGAUGUCCUCCGAAAUGUGUACCAAUAUGUAUUAUUGCAGCUUGCUUUUGUACUGGUCCUCCUGAGUGUACUGGAAACAUGAAACAGAUAUAAGAGAAUAAUUUAUCUUAAUUUUUUAAGCAAAGAAUAAUGAUAAUAAAAAUA